GGAUCAAGGCAAAGGAUUGUGGUAAUUUGUGUUUUGUGUGUCUGCUGACGAUACAGAGCUACUCGUCAAGACUGUGAGCCUUUACCACUUUUCUUGCGCCUAUUUGGCCUCUGUCUUGCUUGUUUCAGGCACCAUGGGUCGUGUUUACAUAGUUGAUGAGGAUGUAGAAGGAUACCUUUCUAAACUGUGCCCUCAACAAGCUGGUCCAGUUACGGGUCUGCUCAUUGGACAGAGUUCAGCUCAAAAAGAUUAUGUUGUCAUAGCAGCUCCAACACCCAAAGACGAAGAGUCUGCAGGAAAGACUGUUGACAAAGAGUGGGUCUCUGAGCAUGCCCGACAGGUGUCCAGGAUGUUACCCGGAGGCCUUACAGUGUUGGGAGUUUUUAUGAUCACUGAUGCUGAUGCCAAAGACACAGUAACCACGCUUCGACAGUUGGUGUUUGGAGUGGAGAAACUGAUCUCAUCAGAGCAGCAGUGGAGCCCUGCAGAAGACGAUGUCACAGACUGUGUCACACUCCACGUUAACCCCAAAACCAGAAAAACUGUCUGCCGGACUUUUGACAUCAAAGACCCCAAGAGCACAGCAAAGCCUGCAGAAUGGAAGUACCAGUCUGGAGUGGGCUCCUCCUGGACCACGGUGUCUUGUUGGCUGAACGUUGACCUGUUCAUCCCGCUGCCAGAAAGCAGAACCACCAAGGGAAGCGCACACAAAUGUCUUCAGGAAGGACUGAAUGUUUGGACACAACAGAUAGAGAAUGCAGUUUUUCUAAUCAAUGGUAAAAAGCUGCCAGAAGAUUCAGAGCUGACAUCCGGCCAGAGGAGGAAUGUGAGACAGACAUACACAGCUCAGCUGCUCACCACAGUGGAGGAGCAGAGGUCAGCACAUGUGUUGCAGCGAUGUGGAGGGAGCGUGUCCGUCAGAGGAGCGGCGCACUGCAGAGCUUUCCUCCACACUCACAAACCGAAAGUCAAACUCGCAGAGAAGCUGCUGAAGAGGGAUGCAAUUUCCACGGUGGCCACAAGGGUUCAGAUGCUGCUGGAUGAGCCGCUGGCGUCAGAGGAGCAGAUCAAGGACACCAGUGGGGACAAACAACAGACAGAGGAAAACUGUCUUCCUCGCCGCAUCUUUUGCCCACUAAGAGCUUCAGGGUCGCUGCAUGUGUGCGACUACCAGUUCAGCGACGAGGGACUGUCAGAAAUAGUUGAUCGACUGAAGGAGAUGUUGGACAUCGAUACAGCUGAGGAAGACUUGGAUACCACACAGGAAAUGACAGCAGAGAUCACACAGAGUAGCUUUCCCACAGAUCCCCCUGAGGAGACUAAUGAAGAGCUGGAGCCAAAGAGGAACAACUACAUCGGUGCUUUCAUGGCUGCGGCUGCCGCCCUUCUCGCCACAGCUGCCUCUAUGAUCUAUUUCAGUGACAUGUAACGUGUAACUGCCAAUAAAAUCUGCUGUUUGUUUCAAACA